AUGUCGAGCAAGGGAGGCUCUUACUUGUCGGCCCAGCCAGGAUUUCUCAACUCGUCGGUGAGUCGACAUGCCCCUAUCCAGCCCUCGUGGCUCCAGCGUUUUUGGGCUGAGGAGAUUAUGCAUCCCGCCAAGUUCUGGGGCAAUAUGUCGGUGGCGUGGAGUGUCGGCUUCUUUGCGCUGGGUGUGCUAUUCUUCCGCCGUGCUGGCGCGAUUCUCCUGCCCAUGUUUUAA